AGAUUGAUUACUGCACGUGACAAUAAUAUUGAUGGUGGAAGAUGCCGGCUUUGCGAUUUUCUCGUCAAUAAUGUCUAAAUAUGACUUUAUUUCUUAGUUGAUUUCGAAUUUGGUGCAUAUGAACACUGUACAGCUACAUAAAGAAUACAUUAAUUUGCCUGAUGUCAAGUCGCCCGUCGAUGACCUUUCACCUCAACACUUCGCUGCUGAUCCUGCGGUCUCAAAGUUCAAAGUUCACGCUCAGACCAGUCAGGAGUUCCCAAACGACCCCCAAGCUGACCAAGAAGCGAUAGAUAGCAUUGAAAAGGAUUAUUUCAAUGGAGAUGACUUUGACGCAAGUCGCGCUGAAUUGGAUAAACUCCCUGAUGUUCUUGAGCUCCAAGCGAUUGAUGAGGACAGGAGCAAACUACGCGGUCAGCUCCGGGCCGUCUCCAAGAAGGUGUCUGAGUUAGUCCUGGAGAACCACCCCGCAUAUGCUGCGGAGUUGAUCCGAGUCAUGGAGUUACAGCAGUCACUCCAGACGGCAAGCGUUGUCUGCGCGAAUGGCAGAAGGUAUUUGUCCAAUGCGAAAGAGGACUUCACCACAGCCAGCCUGGGCCUCCUUGCCAACUAUAGGAAGAGACAGCAGUUGGUUGGACUUCUCAAAUCGCUGAAGACCAUCAAAACUCUGCAAAGGACAGACAUCCGACUUCGUGAGAUGUUGGAAGAGGAGGAUUAUCCUGGAGCCAUCCAGUUGUGUUUAGAGUGUCAAAAAGCUGCCAGCACAUUCAGACACUUCCAUUGCAUCAGUGAGCUGAGUUCAAAACUCAAGGACACUUUGGAAAUGAUCGAAGAGGCGCUGGAUGUGGCUCUGUCUAAAACAUGUAACAACUUUGAUACGCGUCAUUACGAGAAGGUCCAGACUGCUUAUAGGCUGCUGGGAAAAACACAGACUGCCAUGGACCAGCUGAAUAUGCACUUUGCUAGCGCCAUUCAUAACACCGCGUUCACAAUCGUCAUCGGUUAUGUUGAACUCUGCUCAGGGACGGAAGACAGCAACUUUCAGAAAAGACAAUAUCUGGAUUUAUGCGAGCACAUCAGUCCGGACUUGUUUACACCAUGUCUGAUUGACUUGUGCAAGGCAUUAUGGGAAGUCAUGAAGAGUUAUUAUCAGACGAUGUUAUGGCAUGAAAAACAUGACUUGGAGCCGACGGAUCAAGAGUCUGGCAGCAGCAAUGUUGAAGCUGCAUUCAAUCGGCGUUACAUCAAGCAGAAGCUGGAACAUGGUCUUGGGCGGAUAUGGCAGGAUGUCCAGCAAAAAGUUCGACUAUAUGUGCUUAAGACUGAUCUAUCAUACUUCAAGUUUGACGAGUUUAUCAAAGUUUUAGAUUUGCUGAAUAGGCUCAUAGAAAUUGGCGAAGAAUUCUGUGGUAGUAAAUCCGAGGCUUUACAGGAAUCGAUACGAACGCAAAGUCUGAACUAUUUCAAGAGUUACCACCGGGCGCGGAUGGACGAGCUGCGCAUGUUCCUGGAGAAUGAGGGAUGGGAACUCUGUCCGGUCAAAUCCAGUUUCGCUACGACUCAGUUGCAGGAGUUUCGUUUCUUGCGACAUAAGUGUAAUAAGAUGAGUCCGGCUGGUCAAACCAUCUCCUCCCAGUCUGUUGACCCUGAGAAACCGGUCCGGCCAAAUUACGGCUAUUUCCAAAAAUAUCUCGAUGUCGGGAAUCCUUUUGAUGUUCAGAUCGAGGAUGAGGAGACUGAAGACGUUUUGGCGACCAACGGGUAUGGAGGUGGGCGAGGCCGCCAAAACUCGAUGGAAGAGAUUGAAAGUGACAGUGAUGAGGAUGUCCCCGACGAACUGAAACAGGACUUCAUUGAUGAGAAUACGGGUGACACGCCGAGUAGGCCAAUGUAUCGACGACGGAAACUCAGUAAUAAAUCUGGUGCAAGGCUCCCUCCAAUUAUCACCAACACAACUCUCACUCUGCUCAGGCUUUUUGGUAAAUACAUGCAGAUGAUGAACGUGUUAAAACCCAUUGCAUUUGAUGUGAUGAUCUGUAUGUCAAAGCUAUUCGACUACUAUCUAUACGCUGUCUACAGCUUCUUUGCCAUUGACGCAAGCGAAUCUUCUGGGCGUUCUUUGGGCAGCCGCUUAAGGACGACGUUAAAACGGAUCGAGGAUAAUCUCAUUCUGCUGGAGCCGCAGUUUGGGGCGCCCCCACCUACGGCUGAGGAGAUAAGGAGUAAAGUGGCACACCCCCACCUCUCUCCCAUUGUUGACCUGACAAGUGCUGAAGGAAUGCAUGGGUUGGGAGAGAGAAUCAUUGCUGUUGAAUCACUCGUAUUUUUGGCGGACCAAUUCCAGUUCCUGCAGCCGCACCUCGAGGGGAUGAUUCCCCAGAACAAGAAGGCGUUCCUACAACAGUUCUAUUCGCAGACGGUCGGCGUCACGCCCGAACUCCGUCAACCGGUUUACACAGCCGUCGCAGCACGGUCGAUUGAUUACGAUCAGCUAAUUCAACUGAUGGCGAGCGUCCGAUGGGACAUAAAGGACAUCAUGUCGCAACACAGUACAUAUGUCGAUCAGGUUUUACGAGAUUUCCACAUUUUUGCCAUGAAGUUGGACAACUUGUCGAAAAGGGUACCGAUGCCCGUCGUUGUUUCAUGCUGUCUCUGGGAGCUGUGUAUCACGCUCGCGAAUACCACCUUUGUUGAAGGAUAUGCUAGCGCCAAAAAGUGUACAACAGAAGGUAGGGCGUUGAUGUUGUUAGACUUCCAGCAGUUUUUGAUGAAGCUUGAGAAGUUGACAGAACUGCGCCCAAUCCCAGAACGCGAAUAUGUUGAAACCUACAUCAAGGCCUACUACCUUCCCGAGGACCAGUUAGAGACCUGGGUCAAAGACCACAAGGAAUACACCACAAAGCAGAUCAUAUCGCUCGUCAAUUGUCUACCGCACAUCAACAAGAGAGCGCGACAACGCAUCAUCGGGGUCAUUGAGGAAACACGUCGAUAACACGUUUACAUAAACGAUAUCUUGGCCCUAAAUGUAUUGAUAUUUCUGAGCUUUCAGACAACGCGCACGUAAAUACCUUGACGGAGAAUACAGCAUGCAAUCAAUUUCAAACUGAAGUUGAUCGGGGAAUUUCAAAAUGUUUUCAUACCAUUCGUGUACAUUAGAAUCUUCCUCAAUAGCGACCGCCUCUGUUACAAGGACAUCUCUCUUAUAAGGACACUGAUUUUUGGUCCCAAAUUUGAAAUCGACAAUGAGAGUACUAGCUGGCUUUUGAUUUUGAAAUGUUCACAUACCAUUCGUGUACAGUGGAAUCUUCCUCAAUAGUAGACACCUCUGUAAUCAGGACAGCUCUCUUUAAGGGGACAGCAUUACUCAGUCCCAAAGGUGUCCUUAAAGGAAGAAUACGGGCAGGAGCCAGGAAGAACAGAUAAAGUUACACAAAAUUGCUAGGUGACGCUCUGAUCUCACAGUACAUCAAAACUAUUUGCGCUUGUAUCAGCAAUAUAGUGAUGUUGUUUAAUCGAACACAACCUGGACCCUAAAUGGGUAAAAAAGUCACACAAAGACAGAAAGUUUUAUCCCCUAUCUCCUGCCUAUACUCCCCCUUUAAACUGUGAUUAAUGAAAAGACAGAAAAUUCUAUCUUUAAAAAUUAUAUUUGAACAUUGUACAGUUAGUGUCUUAAAGUUUAUCUGUAGAAACCAUCAGUUUUGAACUGAUUUCUUUAAUGCAUAAUAUCUGUUGUACUAUAUUUGCAGCUGACUAUGCACAUCCUGUAUCCCACUUCCCCCUGCUCAAGCGAUAUCAUGAUUUGGCAGGAUUGCAGAGAGCUCUAUACUGUGUGCAUGAGUUUAAGCCAGCCAUGAGCUGUCUUUAACAUAUAUACCUAUGUGUAGGGCCCCUUGUUGGCUUAAACCAGUGUACACAGUUAAUAGAAGUCGGCCAGAGUAUGGGACUGCCGAGAGCUCUAUACUAUGUGCAUGGUUUAAGCCAGCCAUGAGUUGUCUGAAUGAUGUAAAGACCUAUGUGUUGGGGCCUUUUGUUGGCUUAAACCAGUGCACACAGUCAAUAGAAGUCGGCCAGAGUAUGGGACUGCCGAGAGCUCUAUACUAUGUGCAUGGUUUAAGCCAUCCAUGAGUUGUCUGAAUGAUGUAAAGACCUAUGUGUAGGGGCAUUUUGUUGGCUUAAACCAGUGCACACAGUCAAUAGAGGUCGGCCAGAGUAUGAGACUGCCGAGAGCUCUAUACUAUGUGCAUGGUUUAAGCCAGCCAUGAGUUGUCUGAAUGAUGUAAAGACCUAUGUGUAGGGGCAUUUUGUUGGCUUAAACCAGUGCACACAGUCGAUAGAAGUCGGCCAGAGUAUGGGACUGUCGAGAGCUCUAUACUGUGUGCAUGGGGUUAAGCCAACCAUGGGCCAUCUUAAUUACCAUAUACACCUAUGUGUAGGGGCAUUUUGUUGGCUUAAACCAGUGCACACAGUCGAUAGAAGUCGGCCAGAGUAUGGGACUGUCGAGAGCUCUAUGCUGUGUGCAUGGGGUUAAGCCAACCAUGUGCCAUCUUAAUUACCAUAUACACCUAUGUGUAGGGGCAUUUUGUUGGCUUAAACCAGUGCGCACAGUCGAUAGAAGUCGGCCAGAGUAUGAGACUGCCGAGAGCUCUAUACUGUGUGCAUGGUUUAAGCCGGCCAUGAGUUGUCUGAAUGAUGUAAAGACCUAUGUGUUGGGGCCUUUUGUUGGCUUAAACUGGUACACACAGUUGAUAGGAAGUGAAAGCACUCGGUUUGUAAAUACAUGCUAUUGUGCAUGUGACCCAUCAGAUUAAAGCAGGUUGAAGUUUGUCUGGCCUAGUAUCGGGCGAUCACUGACAAUACAGGAUAUGACAUGAAGUGCUUCACCCUUAAGAUACCAGUGUAUAAAUACCCCUUGGCUACACUCGGUAUAGACCAGUAAAGGCCAUUUUUCUGUCCCAGGAUACGAUACCAGAGAAUAGCAAUGCUCAAAUAUACACAAUGUACUAUUAUACCCAAAUUCAAAUUCAAAUUUGAUUAAAAAUCAAACAUAUCACAGAGUGACACGUAUGCGGCAAGAUAAGGACUGCAUAUUGGGUACAAACACAGGAAGUGCUAUAAAUUACAAAAUAUUUAAUGAAAACUACUAUGAUAGGGUCCCAUCUUUCUCAAAUUAAACAUAUUACAUGUAUUCACAAAGUUAAGAACAUGAAUCAAAACCUCGUUAUCGUGACUUCCAAGUAUUUUAUAAAAAACAUCAACAGAUGUACAAGGGUGAACUCCCGUACAGGAAGAACACACAUUACCACUCAUUUAUGAAAACGGAUUUUUUUUCGUUUAUGUGUCUGUAAUGUCAUGUCUGUAUCGCCAGAAGAAAGGGUUAAGACUGAGCAGACGUUCUGUAUGUAUAAAUAUACCGUGGACCUACAUGUAUUUGCCGAGACGGAGUCAUGUGAUGAGGAAAACUGGGAUACAUGGCCGACGGUCGCCACCGGAGGGGCAGAGCACAGUAGGCCGACUGGAGAUCAUGGGUUUACCAAAUAAUUGACUUCCUCUUCCUUGUAAUAUUGUGCAUUGUAUAUUGACCUUGUUUCAUGUCAAAAAGUAAUAUAUGUAAUACAUUGUAAUUAUAUACUUGUUAAUAUCAAGAAUUACUGGUAAAGAAGUAAUAAAUAUUGUAAAGGAAA